UCAAACCAUCAUCAACGUUGCCUUGCGAAGAGAGAAAAAGAAAACAAAAUAUUUAGAAGCGUGUGGUAGACAAAAGAGAGAAGAUUAUGGCUUCAGGACAGGAGAAAAGGUCGGAGCUGGAUGCACGGGCAAAGCAAGGAGAGACUGUUGUUCCUGGUGGCACGGGGGGCAAAAGCCUCGAAGCUCAGGAACAUCUUGCUGAAGGGAGGAGCAAAGGAGGGCAUACGAGGAAGGAGCAGCUAGGAACAGAAGGGUACCAGGAGAUAGGGACAAAAGGCGGGGAGACACGAAGAGAGCAGAUGGGGAAGGAAGGGUAUGAGCAGAUGGGGCGCAUGGGUGGUCUCGCUACCAAAGAUAAAUCCGGAGCUGAGCGCGCUGAAGAGGAAGGCAUCGACAUCGAUCAGUCCAAGUUUAGAACCAAGUCCUAAUUAGUCAGUACCUCGUUAUAGUGUCACUAACCUCAGCUUGCUUAGCUUUGUACCAGUGUUGCACUCUUGUGUAUGUUUCUCAGUUGGUGUUGGUAGUCUCGUUUUUUGCCGUCGAAAAUAGCCGCUUUUUUUUUUCUAGUGUCUAAAGACUAUCUAAUAAGGUGACAGUGUGUUAGGUGUUGGAUAAUCAUGCGUGCGUGUGCAUGUUUGUCGAGGAUAGCAUUGCAUCCUUGUUGUGUAAUCUUAGUAGUGAUUUGGUUUUGGUGUAAGCGAUAUGCAGGACUUGAGACCCUGUAUGUUUGCGUCUUUGGUAGCAGCUGGGUGUAAAAAUGAAAUUGCUCUUUCGUUUCUACUGUUGGUUUUAUGUCUGAC